UAUUUAUGGACAAUAACUGCUAUUUUUACGUAAUUUUAAAUAAAAUUGUCUCUUCUUUACCAUUGAUUUGUAACCAACUCUUGAACUGUAAUCAUGAGUUCAAAGAGUCGACACAACUCAUCAAAACAUAGAGACGAUGACAGACAUUAUCGACAAACUUCUUCAUCACAUUCAUCAUCAAAAUACAGACAUUUCAAUGAUAAGAAAGACUCGAGAACUUCAAGAGAUGAUCAAUCACUGCAUGAACUGACAGAUCCCAUGUCUUCAAGUCAUAUAUUUUAUUAUGAAAGACAUAAAUAUGAAUUGAAUAAAAUGUUUUUCUUGGGCACCGAUGUCCUAAAGAUUGGUACCAAAGAGUACGAUGAGUUGUGGUCAUUCGUCAAGAGAUAUCAAUCAGCAGAAGAAAAAGCCAUUGAAAUUAAUAAACAGAAAGAGUAUUAUGAAAAUAUUGGGAUCAAGUUAUCUCAUUUGACACAUAAAAUACCCGUCGAGUGGACAGAUAUAUCGGUACUCAUUGCUAAGACAUCGGUAGUCAACGAUCUCGAAGACAAAUAUUAUGUGCGAAACCGUUUAAGCCGCCAAAGGGUUGAAGAGUUUCGCAAUAUUUUGGUCUUAUAUUUAGAUUUCUUGGAUAAACAAAAAGUAAAGGCUUUGGAGAAAUUAAAACAAAUGCAAAUGGAUUUACCGAUCUAUCAGUUUAAGGAUCAAAUACUUGAAGCUAUUGAAAAUCAUUCAGUAGUUCUCAUCGCUGGUGACACCGGCUGUGGAAAGUCGACACAAGUACCACAGUAUCUGUUGGGUGCAAACUAUGACAAGAUAUGUUGUUCUCAACCCCGACGUAUAGCAUGUAUUUCAUUGAGAAAACGUGUCGCCUAUGAGACACACAAUGAAUUUGGUACUCAAAUUGGUCAUCAAAUUAGGUUUGAGAGAAAUAAAUCAAAAGACACAAAAAUAUUGUUCAUUACUGAAGGAUUACUUUUGAGACAAGUAAUCACAGAUCCAAUGCUAUCCAACUAUAAUGUUAUAAUUCUUGAUGAAGUCCACGAAAGACAUUUGUCGUGUGAUUUCUUGUUGGGUGUUAUGAAGUGUUUGGUUCAUAAGCGAAGUAAUGAUCUUAAAGUCAUAUUAAUGUCUGCGACAAUUAAUAUAAAACUUUUCAGCGAUUACUUUGGUAAAUGUCCAGUGAUUGAAGUUCCGGGACGUCUCUAUCCGAUUGAUGUCCAGUACUUUCCAAUUCCUAAAAUUAAAUUUAGUGAAAAAUCUCGACGAACUGAUGCCGGACCUUAUCUACGGAUAUUGCAGAUGAUUGAUGACAAAUACGAUUCAAAAGAAAGAGGAGAUUUGCUAGUCUUUCUAAGUGGUCUAUCGGAGAUUAAUUCAGUUGGAGAAGUGCUAAAAGAUUAUGCCCGAGAAAAUCACAAAUGGAUUAUACUAUGUCUUCACAGCACUUUAUCUAUCGAAGAACAGGACAAAGUGUUUGAUGUACCGCCAGAAAGUGUCCGUAAAUGUAUACUAUCGACAAAUAUUGCCGAAACCUCGUUAACCAUUGACGGCAUACGUUUUGUCUGCGACUCCGGUAAAGUCAAAGAAAUGAGUUUUGAUGUCAGUUGUCGUAUGCAAAGACUACAGGAAUUUUGGAUUAGCAUUGCAUCUGCAGAGCAACGCAAGGGUCGGGCCGGACGAACGGGUCCUGGAGUUUGUUAUCGACUUUAUUCUGAAAAAGACUUUUAUUCAUUUGAACGCAAUUCACAGCCAGAGAUUAGACGCGUUCCGUUGCACUCAUUGUUAUUACAGAUGAUAUCAAUGGGUUUACCCGAUGCCCGAAAAUUUCCUUUUUUAGAACCACCGGAUUCUAAUAGUAUAGAAGAGGCCAUUAAAAGUCUUAAAGAACAAUCGGCUCUGACAGACGACGAGGAGUUGACACCAAUGGGCAAAAUGUUGUCGCGAUUACCCGUUGAUAUAACUAUUGGAAAAAUGCUUAUUCUUAGUUCAGUCUUUAAUUUAACUGAACCUAUACUGUCAUUGGCAGCGGCUCUCAGCGUACAAUCGCCGAUCACUAACCAAUCCCUUCACGAUAGGGAUGCUAUUGAGGCGCGACGUUCAUUAAACUCACCAGAAGGCGAUCCCUUCACACUAUUGAAUGCUUACAAUAAAUGGUUAGAUAUUAAAUCGGAACAACAAAACUCGAGGAAGUGGUGCAAACAUAGAGGUCUUGAAGAACAACGUUUUUAUGAAAUGACAAAACUUCGACAACAAUUUAAAGAUAUACUAAAAGAUGCCGCACUACUUGAUAGUGGGGACAGUGGUGUUAGCUCUUAUGAGUCCAGUGCUGAUCGAAUCCGAAGAUUUGGAGAAUUAAAACAUUUAAGAAAAAUAAAGAGAGAAUAUGAAAGAAAAGCACCGAAACAAAGAAAAAUGCUUAAAAUGGAUGGAAAUGAAGACGAAGACCACAAUCAGAGUUUGAAUAUGGAUGUCAAAGAUAUCGAGUUUAGACUAUCACAUGAUGUCAGACAAGUACAGACAUUGAGAAACGCCAGCAGAGACUAUAGUAAUCGAGAUAUUACUCUAAUGAAGUUAAUCCUAUCCAAUGGAUUGCACCCACAGUUGACUAUCGGUGACGAACACAACACAUAUAGACCCGAUUCCGAUCAAAUGUUUCACACUAAGGACAAACCAUUUGUGACUCUCCAUCCAAAUGGUGUAUUUGCUAUCGAACCGGAUCUCCUAAGACUAAGUAAAACUGAUGAACAGCUCAAAGGAUUUAGUAGUAGUAGUAGUAGUAGUGGUCCCGUAAGCUCUCGCUAUCAACUCAUAGCUUAUGUAUCAUUACUGGAGACGACGAAACCCUAUUUAUGUAAUUGUGUUCGUAUACCAGCCGCUCAUGUAUUACUUCUUGUAUCCAAUGCUAUCGACACCGACUAUAACUUAUCCAGGAUUGUAUGCGACGGUUGGCUUGAAUUACAAUUUACAAACAGUCAGUCCUCACAAAAGUUUAUUUUACAGGCACUACAAGUCCGUGAUUUAUGGCAUAACUUAUUGUAUAAAUUAUUUGAUGAAUGUUUUGACAAGGGAUGUGGUGGUGACGGCAUUCAGGAUAAUACCAGUGCUUGUAAUAUAAAGAGUGCUGAAGUGCGGCAAAUGCAGAGCCAAUUAGUGAAAAGCAUUUACAACUUUAUUCGCACUGAUAUUGCAUUUUCAAUAAAAAGAUUAUUGGCUGCAGAUAUCAAACAGUUAUAUAUUGGAUCCGAUGGUUAUUUGUCGCUAAACAACGAUCUUAAGCGCAGUCAUCUCUUUAAUGAUAGUCUCAAACAAUCAAAUGAAUAUAGUGUUCAUCCCAUUAAAGGCGGACUUCAAAUAAAGCCAUAUCUUACUUAUAACUGUUUGACAGAUAAUAGCUUAUCUGUACAAAGAUUGCUGAAAAAGGAGUGGAAGUGUGAGAUGUGUGGCCAAGAAAUGUUGUCGACACCAUUGGAACAAAUUAGACAUAUAGACAAUUGUAAACCAAUUGAUGCCAACAAUAAAAUAAAGAGUGAAACCAAUUGUGAUGAUAUAUUAAGUUCAAUACCGACCACAAGUGACCCGACGACGGCAUACGACCCGAUGAAGAUUGUCUACAAUUGCAAUGAUUGCAAACAACAAUUAUUAUUCACUUCAAUUGAAAUACUUAGACAUAAACGAAGUCAUCAAUUAAGUAAUACAGAGAAUCUUUAA